AUGUCUCGUGAUGCAUUUCGGAGAGACAUGGCAGAAGAUGGAGACUGUGUCAUAAUUGAUGUGGGGAAAUUCAAGAGUUUAACUGUAGUACUUAGAAAAGGUGGUGUUUCCCAGACGCGUUUUGGCGCCAUGAAACAUGAUGACUGUAUCGGAAAAAGGUUCGGAUCAAAGAUCCAAACGUCGCGUGGAUAUGUACACACACUGCCGCUAAGUCCUGUGCUGUGGUCAGAAACUCUACCUCAUAGAACGCAAAUAAUUUAUCCGUGUGAUGCAAGUUUAAUUGUUGGUGGAUUAGAUUUGAGUCCCGGGAAGUGGGUGUUUGAAUCUGGUACAGGAAGUGGAUCAUUAACUCAUUUCUUAGCUCAAGCUGUUUUACCUCAUGGCCGUGUUCACACUUUUGAUUUUCAUAGUGAACGCGUUGAACUUGCAGCUAAAGAAUUCAAUUCCCAUUAUCUUGGUGAUGUAGUGAAAGUUGAUCUUCGUGAUACUUGUUGUGAAUAUUUUCCAACAGUUGGUAGUGAAAUGAAUCCAAAUGGUGUAGAUGCUGUUGUUCUGGAUCUUCCUAGGCCGUGGAUAGUUAUUCCUCAUCUACCGUCCACGUUUCGUCCCGAUUCAGACUGUUUGUUAUUACUCGAAUAUUUGUUGUUCGAAAGUUGA